AUGCCAGAAUCUGCAUUGUUUUGUCAAGGCGGUGACGGAAUACCAGGACUUCACGUAAAUAACCAAUCAGCUGCUGUCAAUAAAGGUGACGUCAUUGCCGGGCAGCCAUCUGAAGCAUUUGCUGCAAAGUUUCCCUGUGGGAAAUUUACUGCGACUGCCGCAGCGACGUUUAAGGCAUCAUUGACUACCAGUCUGACUACGAAGUGCUCUGCUCCUUUUAUUAAAAAGGUCCGUGCAGCAAUCUCUGCCUCUUUGACGUUAACUUUAACGCUGCGACUUGACAUUGCAUGCAGUUAUACAUUAUCGGGCCCUGACAACCCGAAGUAUAACCAUCCGAUCGACAACAAAGUCAUCGUCCCAUUCUGUAUACCUAUAUUUUGGGGUAUAUGCAUUCCUGCUGCCGUUGUUGCCGAUUUGACUGUGGGAUACACGUUCACUGCUCAGGCCAAAGGAUUUGUGUCACUUACAUUGGAACGCACGGGCAAUCUCAGCGCCUCUGCCCAGUGGGAUGACUCUAGUGACAUCUCUUUCUCUGGUCCGACAUUUUCGUUGACCCCGAUGACCAAAAACUUCAAUGGUGGGUUGGAGAAAGACGAGACGUUUGUCCGAGCACAACUUACGAUAACCCCAGCGUUGAAAGUACAUGUUCCAAACAUGGCUAAAAUUGAGCGCAUCAUACGAGCCGCAUCUUGGUGGAUUAAAUGGUGGUUGAAAGAUCUGUUUGGGGAAGGAGCAUCGAUCAACAUAGAUCCGAUUCUUGAGUUCGUCCUAUCAGCACCACUGAUAGGCAGAGCAGAGGCCUUUACAUGUCCUAGUGACUGCGAGAAUUACCCUGAUGAAAAUAUUAAAGUGGCAGCUCACGCGGGACUUCCCGAGAGUUAUAACGGAGACCUGUACAUCCGGGUACCUCUUACAAAGUUUGUAAAAACUUAUAAAGUGUUUGAAAUGAAAGGAAACCAUUUUGAUGGCAGAAAGUGCCUGGAAUGGAAUCCCUUUCCGCCAUGUGUUUGGAUGACGACACCUGCCAUAAAUAAAACAACACUUGAUGACAUUCCUUAUAAGACAAUUCCCCUAUCACCCACUGCUAUAAAAAUCACUACCAAACCCACUGCAAUAACAUACACUACCACACCCACACAUAUAACAAACACUACCACAUCCACUGAUAUAACAAAUACUACCAUACCCACUGCAAUGACAUACACUACCACAGCCACUGAUAUAACAAACACUAGCACACCCAUUGCAAUGACAUACACUACCACAGCCACUGAUAUAACAGACAGUACCACACCCAUGAAUAUAACAGCCACUCCCAAACCCACUGAUAUAACAAACACUACCAUAUCCACUGAUAUAACAAAUACCACCACACCCACUUAUAUAACAAACACUACCAUACCCAAUGGUAUAAGAAACACUACUACACCCACUGCAAUGACAUACACUACCACAGCCACUGAUAUAGCAGACAGUACCACACCCAUGAAUAUAACAGCCACUCCCACACCCACUGAUAUAACAAACACUACAACAUCCACUGAUAUAACAAUUACUACCACACCCACUUAUAUAACAAACACUACCAUACCCAAUGGUAUAAGAAACACUACUACACCCACUGAUAUAACAAACACUACCACAUCCACUGAUAUAACAAAUACUACCACACCCACUGAUAUAACAAACACUACCACAUCCACUGAUAUAACAAAUUCUACCACACCCCCUGCAAUGACAGACACUACCACAGCCAGUAAUAUUACAAACACUACCACACCCAAUGGUAUAACAAACACUACAACAUCCACUGAUAUAACAAAUACUACCACACCCACUACAAUGACAUACACUACCACAUCCACUGAUAUAACAAACACUACCACACCCACGAAUAUCACAACCACUCCAACACCCACUGAUAUAACAAACAUUACCACUGAAUUAACAAAUACUACCACAUCCACUGAUAUAACAAAUACUACCACACCAACUGAAAUGCCAUACACUACCACACCCAAUGGUAUAACAAUCACUAUAACAUCCACUGAUAUAACAAAUACUACCACACCCACUACAAUGACAUACACUACCACAGCCAUUGAUACAACAUCCACUGAUAUAACAAAUACUACCACACCCACUGCAAUGACAUACACUACCACAGCCAAUGAUAUAACAAACACUACCACACCCACUGAUAUAACAAACACUACCACACCCACUACAAUGACAUACACUACCACAGCCACUGAUAUAACAAACACUACCACAUCCACUGAAUUAACAAAUACUACCACACCCACUACAAUGACAUACACUACCACAGCCACUGAUAUAACAACUACUACCACAUCCACUGAUAUAACAAACACUACCACAGUCAAUGAAUUAACAAAUACUAUCACACCCACUACAAUG